AUGGCAAUGGCCACAGCAAGGCUAAUCCACCCAUGCAUGGUGGUGUCCAAGAGCCCAAGAACGCCACCAGCACCCUUCCUCCUCCACACCAAUAAGCCGCUGACCACCGCACUGAGCUCAUCGUUUCACUUCACGCUCCACUCCGUCGACGUCUCCAAGGACGACAAGCCGCUGGACGCGGCGCUCGAGACCAAACAAGAAGAUGCAACCGCCGCCGCCGCCGGCGACCUGGCGACGCCACUGCCGGGGGAGUUGGACGCGGAGGAGGACAGGCCGAAGCUUGACCCCCGCCGGUUUGAGGAGCAGUUCGCGGUGCUGAACACGGGGGUGCACGAGUGCCGGUCCUGCGGCUACCUGUACGACCAGGCGAAGGGAGACCCGUCCUACCCGGUGCCCUCGGGGCUGCCGUUCAACAAGCUGCCGGACGACUGGCGGUGCCCGACGUGCGGCGCGGCGCAGUCCUUCUUCGACAGCAAGAGCGUCGAGAUCGCCGGGUUCGCGCAGAACCAGCAGUUCGGGCUCGGCGGCAACUCGCUCACAUCUGGCCAGAAGACGCUACUCAUCUACGGAAGCCUCCUUGUCGGCUUCGCCUUCUUCCUCUCCGGCUACUUCUUGCAAUGA